CCUUCUCUUCUCCAGGACAACAGCCGCAGGCAGAAGACGCACCUGAGCCAGAGAUUUGACUCUCUCUAUAACAUCCUGGAGGAGAGGAAGAAGGAACUAUUACAGAUGAUCGCCCGGCAGCAGGAGGAGAAGCUCCUGUACGUGCGAGGACUGAUCCGCGGUCAGGGUGACAACCUCGAAGUCACGUCCAAGCUUGUGGAGACGGCCAUACAGUCCAUGGAUGAGCCACAGAUGGCCGCUUUUCUGCAGCAAGCCAAAGAACUGAUCAAAAAGAUCACAGACAUGUCCAAAGUCUCCACAAUAGACCGGCCGGACCCCGGCUAUGAGAACAUGGACCAGUUCUGCGUCAAUGUGGACUAUGUGUCUGAGAUGCUGAGGACCAUUGACUUCUGCUCAGGUGCUCAGGGUGAGGGUGAAGAUGACACGUUUGAUGGAGAAGAAUCGGAAGCAGCAGCAGAGGAGGAGAGGGCGGAGCCUACAGAUGGUGAGAACUUAUCUAUUGAUCCUUCCGUCACCAAUAACCUAUCAAUAGAUCGCUCUGUGUAUCCGUCCUGGUCGGGG